AUGAAGUUUUUUUUAUUUCUCUAUUUUGGUAUGCUUGCUUAUUUAAGCAGUGCACAGACAUCUCAUGAUCCUGUUCAAGAAGCGAUUCGAGUAGAUGCAGGAACAAAAGAAACCACUAUGUUUGGUCAAAAAGUGAAUAAUACAGAUAGUCUGAUUAUUGGUGAAAGAGGCCCUACUCUUUUAGAAGAUUUCAUGCUUCGAGAAAAGAUCAUGCAUUUUGGUUUCAUACCUGAACGUGUUGUUCAUGCUCGAGGUGUAGGCUUCCAUGGCUAUUUUGAAUCGUAUGCUGACUGGUCUAACUUGACUGCUGCCAAGUUCCUUUCUUCCCGUACUCAAACACCUGUCUUUGUUCGUUUCUCUACUGUGCUUGGUUCCCGUGGUUCUCCAGAUACUGUACGUGAUGUGCGUGGGUUUGCUACUCGAUUCUAUACAGAAGAAGGCAAUUUUGAUUUGGAUGGUAUCAAGUUUCCAGACGUGAUUCAUGCUACUAAGCCUGAACCUGACCGAGAAGUUCCUCAAGCAUCCACGGCUCAUUGUACAUCCUACGACUUCUUCUCACAACAUACAGAGAGUAUUCAUACAGUUAUGUGGGUACUUUCAGGCCGUGGCAUUGCAAGAAGUUUUCGUCAAGUGGAAGGAUUUGGUACUCACACGUUUCGUUUUAUCCGAGAAGACAAAAAAGCCGUGUUUGUCAAGUUUAUUUGGAAGCCAUUACAAGGACUUUCCAACCUUGUUUGGGAUGAAGCACAAAAGAUUGCUGGUAAAGAUAUUGAUUUCCAUCGUCAUGAUAUGUAUUCUGCCAUUGACCGAGGUGACUUCCCUCAAUACGAGCUCUGUGUUCAAAUUGUACCUGAAGAAGAUCAAUUCAAGUUUCCUUUUGACUUGUUGGAUGCUACCAAGAUUAUUCCUGAAUCGAUUGUGCCUGUCACCAGACUGGGUAGAAUGACCUUGAGCCGUAAUGUCGACAACUUUUUCUCAGAAACAGAACAAGUGACUUUUCAUGUAGGCCAUGUUGUCAGAGGCAUCACUUUGACGGACGAUCCUUUACUUUCAGGUCGCUUGUUUAGUUAUUUGGAUACACAACUGAACCGUAUGAACUCAAAGAACUUUAUGCAACUGCCUAUCAAUCAACCUCAUGUACCUGUUCAUAACAAUUUCCGAGACGGAUUUAUGCAGCAAAGAGUAUUUAAGGGCAAAGUUGCUUAUUUCCCAAACACACUUCAAGGCAAUACACCCCGUGUUGUGUCUGAAGAGGAAGGCGGGUAUUUGGAAUACCCUGAGCAAGUCAAUGGUACCAAACGUCGAGGCAAAUUUGGCAAAUUCGCAGACCAUUUCUCUCAAGCUCAGUUGUUCUAUAAUAGUCUGACAGUCCAUGAACAACAACAGAUUGUGCAUGCUGCUCGUUUUGAACUUGGCAAAUGCGACAAUGCGACCAUCCGUCAUAACAUGGUACAGGUCUUUAACAGGGUCGAUCAUAACUUGGCUGUUCGGAUUGCUUCUAAAAUAGGCGUGGCUAUACCUGAUCAAGUGGUUGAGAACCAGAACCAGACCACAGUAGGCUUGUCGAUCGAGAACUAUCCUUGUCCAAACCAUAUUCAUGCUAAACGCGUGGCUAUCCUAACUGCACCUGGUAUUUAUACAGCGCAGGCUCAAUCCAUGUAUGAUUUCUUGACUCGCCAAGGUGCUUAUGUGGAUAUGAUUGGGAUGGACGGCAUGAGCCAGACUUACUGGACCACGUCUGCUGUCUUGUACGACGGUGUGUAUGUACCUUCUGGAACUAAAAAAGCAUUUGAAGUCUUGAUCGAGAGUGAAGAGCCCCUUAUGUUUGUACGGGACACUUUCUACCAUGGAAAACCCUUGGCUAUCACUGGUCGUGGUCGUUCUUUACUUCAGGCUGCUGUACCCAACAUAAUGGAACAUGGCACAGCCUAUGGUGUCUUUCUGGACAUGACUCAAGACCAGUUCAAGAAAGGAUUGAUAAGACAAAGAUACUGGAAUCGUUUACCACUUGAUCCAAAUGCUAAACCAUCACCUACACUCAGUAAACCAUGCAAUGAAUAA